GCAAAAGCUUGUUUCAAAUUAUGGACAGUCCUAAACUAUUAGACGAAGAAGUUUUGCAAGAUCUAUACGCGUGGAUAGAUAAAAUACCACUCUCUAGACCAAAACGGAAUAUAACAAGAGAUUUCAGCGAUGGAGUUAUGGCUGCAGAAGUAGUGAGGCAUUUCUUCCCUAAGUUGGUGGAGCUGCACAACUACACACCCGCUCAUUCCACGCAACAGAAGCUGUGUAACUGGAGCACUCUGAACAGAAAAGUUUUCUCCAAGCUGAACUUCCACAUACCUGAGCAUACAAUGAAGAAGAUAGUGGUCAGUACUGCAGGCUACAUUGAACAAGUCCUUUGCUCUCUGAGAGAGAAGAUUGAGGAAAAGACAGCAGGAAAUGUAUUAAAUGGCACACAGGACUUGGAAUAUUACAGCACUACAAAUGGACAGCUGAGAUUAACAGAGAAUCAUCAGGUGAUUAUUGAGACCAAUCCAACCACUGUGAAGUUGGCACAAAAAGUCAGUGCUUCUGCAGCCUUGGGAUCAAAUGUGGAUCCAGCCUUCCGUUUGGUUUUGGAGGAGAAGGAACAGGCCAUUUUGGCUUUACAGGAGACUGUUGAGAUUUUACAGAUUAAGGUAAACAGAUUGGAGCACCUUGUGCAUCUUAAGGACCUACGCAUUGAGGACCUGACAAAGCACUUAGAGCGAUACAAGACACGCAACAACAUCUCAUAAUUAUACUGUAUUACAGUCCACCAUCAGGCAUUUUAUUUCAGGAAUUUAACUGAAUACAUAUUAUACAUACUUACUAUAUACUGUAGUAAUGAACUGUAACAAAAAUAUGUUGUUUUUUUUUUUUUUCUAAUUUACCUGACCUGUUGUGAUUGUUAGCACUCAGAAUAAGGAACAUUGAUGGCAAUUUCAAAUUUGGCUUGUAAAAAAAAGUUAAAUAAAAACAUUGUAAAAGUAGAAAUUAGAAUCCGUGGACUAGCAUACUGAAUCAGCAGAGGCCAUCGAACUACUGCAAUCUAUGCUUUACAUUUCCACAGUACCAGCAAUACCAGUUUACUAGCAUCACUUGUGCCUGUUUUGAAUUAUUUUUAGGAUUUAUGUUGUAUUUUCAGUAAGAGCUUGGUUCCUCUCUCUCUCUCUCUCUCUCUCUCUCUCUCUCUCUCUCAUUUUUUGUUUUUAUUUUCAAGAUACCUCUAUGUACUGCUGAUAGUGUUGAGAAUUACUAGUAACUGAAAUUGCAUUUGUUUUAUGUGGAAUUAUGGAAAGUAUAUUUUAUUUGAUUUGCUUUGACGUGUUUCUUUUGUGUGUUUGCCAAAAUAUAUAUAGCAACUACUAGUGUAAAAAUAUACUAAGAAUUUAUGGAUUUUCUAUUGUAUCCAGUAAAUUGUUUUGAUAACAUAUUGUAAAGUAAAUACAACAACUUGUUAAUACUUUAUUUUGGGAUCUUGUUGAACAUGUUAUUAUGU